UGUAGAUCUGACUUUAGUAAAUGGAGCAUCUGUCAGUGAAGUGAAUCGAAGCAACAUGUUAAAAAUGUGCAAGGGUGUCAUUCAAGUUCAGCUGAAAAACAAUUAUUGUCACUGCAUAGAUGAGGCAGUUUUUUUCUUUAAUGCUGAACUUGUCAAGCUUGACCCAAAACGUGAAUGGUCCAAGUAUUCAGUUCCAGAAUUACAUCAGUGUGGAGAACUCUACAAUAUGCUUUCCAGUUCAAGCCUUGAACUUCGUAUUUUGGCUGCCAAGUCUAUCCAUUUGCUUUUUGUUCAGAUGGAAGGUGUUUUUCUUGAUUCGAAACAUCAUGAUGAUGUAUUUCAGUCUGUCUACCAGACUCUGCUGGAAGCUCGUACUGUUCAUGGUUCUGUUCCUGAUGAUUUCCAGCCAGAUGAAGGCAACACUAGAGUUGCAACAUACCUUCUCACAUUGGGUAUAAUUGCUGUGACGUCUGCCUACUUAGAAACUAAGAGCUUGUAUGCACUUUGUGUAGCUGUUGUGCAGAGUAACAUUGAACCACUGGUUGUUUCUAAAGUCAUCAGAAGGAUAGCAGCAUCAAGGAAUAUGUCACUGAAACUAUACAUGAGACAGCAUCUUCCUUACUUGGCAACACAAUGGUUACAAGAUCAAAAAGAUUUUCAAAUGUUCCCUUCAUGUCUUUUGGAGACAACAAAUUUCAAGUCACUCCUAGAAGAGAAUUUAGACCUACUUUUACCAGUGUUGCUAGAGUUUAAUAUUCUACAGCCUUUGGAAGCUCUUUGCACUGAUAGUGAAAAAGCUAUAAAUGACCUCUUGAUUGAGCAUUUUCCAGUAUUGAUGGCCCAUAUUUUCCCUUACAUUGCUGUCGAGACUUAUUCUUUGGAAAAUGUUAUAGAAAAUGCAAAGAUUAAGAAUGCCAAGGGCCGCUAUAAAUUACUAGAAAAGUCACUUGGAAAACAGAAUUUUAACAUUUUGGUUACGAGAUAUAUUGGAGACAUAACUCUAAAUAUUGUGAAAUUAGUGCAUGACCCAAGCAUCUGUAAAGAAGGAUUGGUUAUAGAACCCAAUCCUCCUCAUUUCCUUCCCAUUGUGAUAGAGCAUACUUUGAAAUUCAUUGGAGACUUGUUUGAGAAUAAAACAUUAGCAGGUGUUCUGAACAGCAAUGGAAGGGAGCUUCAUAAAGUAAUUUUUGGGGUCUCGGAGUACCUUGCUAAAGCUUCUAUGCCCCAUGACGCUGGACGAGCUCUGUCUGCAAUUUGUGCUCUGGUUGAAGUAAUGUUAUUCCAGUCCAACAGAGAACUUGAGGAUUCUGCUCUGUAUACUAUUCAGAUAUUAGUACACACACUUACUUUUUAUAUAGGUGACCUCUGUAAAAAGGGUUGUUUCUUGGCAGAUUAUAACAACCAAAUACUUAAAAAGGUGUGCCGAUAUUCUAUUGAAAAUUAUCCAGAGUGUCUCAGUACAUGUCUUCCAGUCUUGAUAUCAAGAUUACUGCCCUUCACAAAGUCAUCAUCAGAGAUCUGGCGGUCUGCAAAUGAGGUAGUAGAACUUGUCAUGAGCAGUACAAACCCUGAAAUACAAAACGUCAUAAUCCGUUUGCCGUCUCUCCCAGAUGAUGAUGAGUUUUCUUGCCUUGAUUCACUUCGUAAUUUCCAUGAUCAGCUUGUGGCUGAAAAUCUUGGCUACCUGGCAUUAUAUGAAAAAGUUGAAACGUUUUUGUCCCAGACUAAAGACUAUGCAGAUCCUCAUGUUUUGACCAAUCUUUGGAAGGAGAUUACAAGAAGUAGGAAUGAAAUUGCAUCCUUAUACAAAAAGUUAAAUGCAAAUGAGGAAAGUUUAGGACAUCAGCUGACAUAUCAUUUAGUGAGCUUGGCUUCUUCAUUGGAUGAGAAGAUUGCUAUUGAAGCUAGUAGAUGUCUGGGAGAGCUUGGGCCUGUUGCUCUUGGAUCACCAGUCUUUUCUUUAGUAGAUAAAAAUCCUUUAAAGUUGCAGCCACUGGCUCGCACAGAUGGCAGUUCAACUUCUCAGUUGAUAUCAAUUUUGAACAGGUACCUUACUACUGACCACAUAGAUAUUGUUGAAGCUGCCAGCAAUGCUUUAUAUAAAAUCUUAGCCACUCAAGAUGGCUAUAAAGCUGCUCGUAGUCUUGAAGAAGGCGUUUUUAAGGCAUUAUAUCCCUUCAUAUCUCGUCAUAAGUCUAAAGCUGGUUCUCCUAGUGAUACUGGCAUUGAUGGUGCUACAUAUAAGAUCAUUGUUGAAAACUCAGAAAAGUGGAUUGGUGAAAGUAAUUUCGAAAAGUGGAUAUGCAAUCUGACAUGUUUGUUAAUUGAAGCAGGGUGUGGUAGUGAGAUUAUGACGUAUGCACUUCCAGUUUGUAGAAUAAAGCCUGAGGUCUGCAUGUUUAUUCUUCCAGUUGUCAUUCAUAUGGCAGUAAAAACAGACAAAAUAAGUAGAAGAGAUGUUAUAUCCAAUCAGUUUACAAUAUUUUUUCACAAGCAUUGCACUGAAUUAAAGCGCUCUGCAUCAGAACAAAAGGGGACUCCAAGUAUAUGCAUGGACAAGAAUGCAAUUCAAGUUCUUUUAAAGGUAAUAAAUUACCUCAGAGCCCAGACACCAGCUGUAGGUUUUACAAAAAGUCAAAGAUGCACUCCAUGGGAUAGAAACCUCUGGCUGAAAGUAAAUUACUUGGAAGUUGCCCAAGCAGCAUAUUACUGUGGUGCAUACUUUUCAGCAAUUCUGUUUCUAGAAAUUCAUUGUGAAAUUUUGCUUUCGGAAGCUCAUGAAAAACACCACAAACAAGUAAACAAUAGACAGAUGUCAAGGCUUCAACGUGUAUCAUUUCAUAAAGAUUCUUCUGUGAUGCAAAAACUAUUGUUAAAAGUGUACAGCAGUCUUGGAGACAGUGAUGGAGUUGAGGGAUGUGGAGGUAGUGCAAAAUUGUUGGAUCCUUCAAUUCGAGGCAUACGUAGUAAGCACAGGGGCCAGUGGAUAAAAACUCUUGAAAUUCAUGAUGCAGCUAACUCAUUAACAGUCAUCUCUAUCUUAUCAUUUUACUUCAAUUUCUCCAUAAUAUGGAUGAAUUUACAAAGUGAUUGUACAAGCGAGGGUUACUUGGAGAUUAUUCCUGCUUGUGUACCACAUGCAAAGCCAGAAACAGAUGAUUCCUCCAAGAUGGAAUCAACCAGAGAACUGGACAACUGA